AUGAAGGAUUUAGAUUUAUCAGAAUAUCCUAAUUUAACAAAAAUAGACUUGGGACACAACUCUCGACUAACAAGUUUAAAACUUGCUCACUCGAACCGAAUUACUUGUAUAAGCCUUUUUGAUACCGGAAUUGAUAAUUUUUCUUUUAUGGCUGACACGCCUUACAUACAAACAAUAUGGUUUCCUCAAACUGGAGACAUAAUUGAUUAUAAUUCUGGCAAAGUUUAUAUUGCGAAAGCUCUUCGAGAAAGUUGUCAAGAGAAUUACAAAGUUAGAACAAUCGUUCGCUAUUGUCCAGCAGGAAAUUCAAUCUUUACAAAGCCAAACCCAGCAGAAACAAUUGAUGAUCAACAAAGUCAGAUAAACGAAUUGUCCAAUAUAUCCUUUCCGAAUAAUCCGUAUUUCAUUAAACUCAAACGAACCUUAGAAACCCAAAAACAAAUUGUAAAAAGCAACGAAACUCCCCAGCGAUAUAUAUUAAAUGGCAAAAUGGAAGCUUACCAAACCAUUCUUUCAAGUAGUUUAGCUGAUGUAGAGCUACAACAUAUCUUAAACAAACAAACAGAAGUACUUGAUUUAAAAGAGUAUUUAGAAAAUUUGAAACUGAUAUGA